AUGCAGAAGCUGCGUGGAGAUUCUCACGAGUCUGAUGCUCAGAAGACCGAGCGGGAAUGCGGCGCUGUUACUUUGGCACGCCACCGGAUUGCCUUGCAGAAGCUCAGAUCUGAGCUCGCAGAAGCUCAGGCGAAGCAGAAGGAGGCCUCCGCCGCAGAGCGUUUGGCCCUCCAGGAUGGGCAGGGGUUCAAGCGCCUGCUGACCACGAGCUAUUCUUCUGCACUGAUCUCCGGUGCGAUUGCGGGCUCGACCACAGAGGUGAUCCUGUAUCCCCUCGACUGUUUAAAGACUCGCAGGCAAAGCUGCUGUGCUUCUCCAACAAGGGGACUGCAGUUGUACCGCGGCUGUGGCAUAGCACUUGCAGGCGCUGCAACCGCAUCGGCUGUCUUCUUUGUGACAUAUGAGUGUAUGAAGAACAGGCUCCGCUUGGGGGAGACGUCGGAGCGCUCCGGGAAGCUCAGUGGCCUGCGGUUCACCUGCAGUGUCAUGGGAGCGUCCGUCGCCGGAGAAUUGGCGGCAUCAGUGGUGCGGGUGCCGGUGGACUUGAUGAAGCAGCGAUUGCAGACUGGAUGUUUGGCCUUGCCCCUCAGCAGCUCCAUCAUUUUGGCGUCAUUCCAGGCCACCGCUCUGCGGGACGCAUGCCAGAGGUUGGCCCUGCGUCAUUGGCCCAGCUCGGGUUGUCUUCAGUAUCCGCUGUAUGAAUGCUUCAAAAUCGCUGCCAGCAAAUGGGUCUCGCAAGGGGAUGCAGAACAUCUUCCAGUGGGGGUGGCCGCAGUAUGUGGCAGUGCUGCGGGCUUGAUCUCCGCUACGUUCACCACUCCUUUCGACCUGCUCAAGACGCGCGUGAAUUUGAGGAGGAGCAAGGGCGACCGCACAGAGACCAAGAUGAAGGAGUUGCUUUUCGAUGAAGUUGCUCGAGUCUAUCGGUGCAAUGGCUGGCGUGGAUUCUUCGUCGGCGCCGGCUUCAGGGCGGCUUGGAUGUCCUUGGGAGGCUUUGUCUUUCUUGGGUCUUUCGAGCUGGCCAAAAGCAGCCUGGACUCGAUGCGCACAAUGUGA